AGACAAAUGUACAUGAAUGAUGUAAUUGAAGAUCAUAAACAGGAAAUGUCCAAGUUUCAGCUGCAUAAGAAAAGUACAACAAGCCUAGAAGAUGUUGACAAACAGUUUCUGAAGAUUUAUAAUACACACGCUAAGAACAAAGAUCCUAGAAGAGUAAGGUCAGCUUGUAGACCAAGGUCGGGUUAUAGAGGUCAGAUUUCACAAGCAGCUGCUAUGGCUGACAGGGCAGAUGUUAGAGUUGAAGAUUUAUUAGGUCAACAGGUGUCACAGGGUCAUAAUGGUGUUGGUGGUGAUGUUAACAGCAACAGUGCUUUUAGUGCGUUGUACAAGCUGGAUUCUAGUGAAGGACAGAGACAGUUAUACAGGCCUAGAGAACAUUUCGAUGAUGCAAAUAGAUAUAAACAGAAUAACCUAUUUGACCCAGAUGUGAUAUUUAGCCCAGAGUUAUUGGCACCACAAAGAGAGGCCAAAGGAAGGCCUGGCAGUGCUACCAGUUCAUUAUUAGGGUCUGGUAUAAAUCUUAAAAAUAGACCAAAAUCUGCUUCAAUGGUGUUCAUGACAGAACCAAAACCAGAGCGACCACUGAAAUACGAAACUACACGGCCUACAUCCGGGAAAAAGCCUCGGCCUGGCAGUGGCACUGCCUCACUUCGUGGACGACGUCACUCGGCACCUACAAGGAGACAGGCUCCGACACUGAUAAACAGGAAGGAACUUCACAAUAGAUCUGAACUGGAUCACAAUAAUGAGCCAGAAAAUGAUGAAAUUGAACCAGAGUUACAGAAUAUUGAAAACCAGAAUAUGAAUACAAGUUUUAAUGAAGGAAACUUAAGUGAUGAACAAAAUUGCUGUGGAGACAACAUUGUGAAAGAAAAGCCACCCAUAAAGGUCAAGGUCAAGAAAGGUCAUCCUAUGGACAAAUUUGUAGAAGAUCUGAGGCUCAUGGGUGAAAUGGAACUAGAUUUUAAGAAUUCUACUUUACAAUUGCAAAAGAAACUUGGUCUUGAUGGAAGUGGUUUUAUUUACUAAAUAUGAGUAAACUUACAGUAUUUCCCAAAACAAAGUAUUUUGAUAUAAAAGAAUAUUUUAUUUUUUAAGACAUUGUAUGUUAUUAAGCUGUUUUAAAAAUGCUAAAAAUAAGAGAAAUUUCAUGUUUUGAUUGACUGAAUCUCUUUAUUUACACACAGGAAUACUUAUUUUGAGGAGACUUCAUAAACUUGAAGAGGGUGGUAUUUGAACUCAUAUUUUUAAAAUUAUAUGGAAAAGAGUUUUGUCCUAUCUUAGAAGCUGUGUCUUGAAUACUGUUGUAACAACAGGGUUAGUAGCUGGUCACUUCUAAAGAAAUUUGUAAUUACUAGUUAGUUAGGCAGGUGUGCUGUCCAAAUAGACAGACCACAAAGAUAUGAAUAAACAGAAUUGAAAUUGGCAUCAAAACCAGAGAAACAAACAAACAAAGUUUCAUAGAGUGUUUCAUGUGAAAACUUAAUUACAAAUGGCAAUGUAUCUAUUCAGUGACAUCAGUUCAUUUACUCAAAAUCAUUUACAUUUUGCAUAACUUUAAAAAUAGCAAAUUCUAUUUCAUUUGGAUUAGU